CCAUCUGUUAAAGUGUGCUGUAGCUGCAUGCCAGCUUCUUGGAGCUUGUCCAAGCUUUUACGCACAACAGAACAGACAGUAAAACUGCUCCAGGUUAGCAAUAGCUUAAUGAUUUUCCUGGCCAAUAUAAAACUCAGUAACUGAGAGAGUGCUGGAAACUGGACUUUUGCCUUUAUGUAGUCUACCUCACCUUGUUCUUGUCCGUGCAGUGGCUUUGGUGUACAGAAGAAUGUCUGGAAAACUCCAGCAGCUGAAGCAGCAGGUCUGCAGUGCUAUUGAUCAGUCCAAGGAUAAACUCCAUCAGCUAGGUACAGCCAUAUGGCGCUGCCCAGAGCUGGCAUAUGAAGAACGUCAGUCUCAUGACAUAUUGGUGCGCAUUUUCCAAAACAGAUUUUCUUUGUUGCCACCACGUAAUAGCUUAGAAAAUAUCUGGCCAGCGGCCAAACUUAAUUGCCGAACCCCUGUCCUAGACUACUCUGUAUUUAAUUGGCAGGUGACUGUUCUGGGAACUCCAGCAGAAGAGGAUGGAGGGGGGAAGAUUGACCUGCUGAGGGAGGGGGCCUUCGAGGGCCUGGAUGUCGUGUUAAUGGCCCAUCCCUCUCAGGAGGAUACUACUUAUAUUCCAGACGUGGCUGAACAUGAUGUGGUGGUGAAGUACCAUGGGCGUGCAUCUCAUGCGUCUGCAUACCCCUGGGAAGGUGUAAAUGCUUUGGACGCAGCUGUGAUGGCUUACAGCAGCCUUUCUGUACUCCGACAGCAGCUCCGGCCUGACUGGAGGAUCCACGGUAUCAUAAAGCACGGAGGAGUGAAGCCCAACAUUAUCCCUGAUUACACUGAGCUGGAGUAUUAUUUACGCACCCCCUCCCACCGGGACCUGGCCACUAUCAGAGCCAAGGCGGAGGCCUGCUUCAGAGCUGCUGCCAUGGCAACAGGCUGUGAGGUUGAGGUCCUGUUUGCAAAGAACGAGUUUUAUGAAAUCCUGAGGAACCGCACACUGGAAGACCUGUAUGAAGAAAAUGGAAAAGCCUUAGGCAUGAAGUUUAUCACAGACGACUCCUCUGGCUCUACAGAUUUUGGGAACGUGACUCACUCUGCUCCUGGAAUUCACCCAUAUUUCUACAUUGGCUCAGAUGCACUGAAUCAUACUGAGGAAUACACAGCUGCUUCAGGUGCAGAUGAAGCUCUGUUCUUCACCCUCCGUGCUGCCAAAGCACUGGCAAUGACAGCAGUGGAUGUGCUCUUCAGCCCGAGUGUCCUAGAGAGGGUUAAGCAGGAGUUCACAGAGGCUAAACUCAAUGAAGAAAGAGGCCUGAGGAACACGCCCACCAAGGAGGACCAAGUAGAAUCAUCAAACACCCACACUCAAUAAAGUUCAGGAAAGAAA